AUGUCGCAGCUAAGUAAGAAUCUGGGUGAUUCCAGCCCUCCUGCGGAGGCCCCUAAGCCGCCUGUCUAUAGCCGCCCUACGGUUCUAAUGCGGGCCCCGCCCGCUUCCUCCCGGGCUCCUCCAGUCCCUUGGGAUCCACCUCCAAUGGACUUGCAGGCUCCCCUGGCUGCUUGGGAGGCACCUCAACCUGCCUGGGAGGCUCCGCAGGGCCAGCUGUCUGCCCCGGUGGCUCCGAUGGCCCAACCUCCUGCCCUAGGGGCCCCAAUGGUCCAGGGUCCCCCGCUGGGGUGUCCACUGGGCAAGCCUCCAACUCCCGGAGUCCUGAUGGUCCAUCCUCCCCCUCCGGGAGCCCCGAUGGCCCAGCCUCCAACUCCUGGAGUCCUGAUGGUGCAUCCUUCUGCUCCUGGAGCCCCUAUACCCCAUCCUCCUCCUCCGGGGACCCCAAUGACCCACCCUCCUCCUCCUGGGACCCCAAUGACCCACCCUCCACCUCCUGGGACCCCGAUGGCACAUCCUCCACCUCCGGGGACCCCAAUGGUACAUCCUCCCCCUCCUGGGACCCCGAUGGCGCAUCCUCCGCCUCUGGGGACCCCGAUGGCGCAUCCUCCGCCUCCGGGGACCCCGAUGGCACAUCCUCCACCUCCUGGGACACCAAUGGCACAUCCUCCACCUCCGGGGACCCCAAUGGCCCAGCCUCCAGCUCCAGGAGUCCUGAUGGCCCAGCCGAUGACACCAGGAGUCCUGAUGGUCCAGCCUCCAGCUCCAGGAGCCCCGAUAGCCCAGCCUCCACCCCCAGCAGGCUUGAUGACCCAGCCUCCACCUUCAGGAACCCCGAUGGCCAAGCCUCCAGGUCCGAGUGUCCUGAUGAUCCAUCCUUCAGGUGCGAGAGCUCCGAUUAUCCAGCCUCCAGUAUCAGGAGCACCGAUGGCGCAGCCAGUGGCCCCCCCUUCCCAGCCUCUGGCUUCCUGGGCCCCACAGGGUCAACCUUUGAUCCUGCAAAUCCAGUCUCAGGUCAUAAGGGCUCCUCCACAGGUUCCCCAGGGCCCACAAGCCCCCCAGGUGCAGCUGGCCACACCCCCAGGCUGGCAGGCCACCUCACCUGGCUGGCAGGCCCCACCACAAGGCUGGCAAGCCACACCUUUGACCUGGCAGACCACACAAGUCACCUGGCAGGCACCUGCGAUAGCCUGGCAGGCACCACCACCUGUACGCCAGGGGCCCCCACCCAUCCGCCCUGGCCCACCACCCAUCCGCCCUGGCCCACCUCCAGUGCUGCGCCAGGCCCCACCUGUAAUCCGCCAGGCACCACCACUGAUCCGCCAGGCACCACCACCAAUCCGGCCAGCCCCACAGGUCAUACCCACCCAGCCACAGCUGUGGCAUGCCCUGCCACCCCCACCUCCACUGCGGCAGGCCCCGCAGGCUCGGCUGCUGGCCCCGCAGGUGCAGGGGGCGCCGCAGGUGCCUACGCCACCACGAGCUACGCAGGUACCCGCGGCGCCACCCGCUGGCCCGCAGGUGCCCCAGCCAGUGCUGCCGGCCCCGCUGUCUAUCCCAGUGCCGGCCCCGCAGGCUGCCCCGCAGGCUGCUCCACAGUCUGCCCCGCAGGCUGUGCAUUGCCCAUCCAUCAUCUGGCAGGCCCCCAAAGGCCAGGCCCCAGUGCCACAUGAGUUGCCAACAUCGAUGGAGUAUCAGGAGGUGCAGCAGGCCCAGGCAAUGGCCUGGCAGGCACCCAAGGCACCCACUCAUUUCUGGCAGCCCCUGCCUGCACAGGAGGCCCAGGGGCAGGCCCCUCCAAUGGUCCAGCUGGAGCAGCAGCCCUUUCGGGGGGCUCCGGCCUCCCAAAAAGUCCUGCAAACUCAGCUACCCACCCAGCAGGCCCAGCCCACGGGCUCGCAGGCAGAAAUGCCCUCAUUGCAACUGCAGCCAUCUUGGCAAGGGCCACCCCCUAUCCUGCCGGCCCAGCCCGGGGCCCCCGUAGCGGCAACAAAUUUUCCCAGAGGCUCUGCUAAAUCACACAUGACUCCAUCAGGAGAAUCAAGGGCCUCUUCUGUAGAGCACAGGGGCUCUUCUAAAGAACGUAGGACCUCUUCUAAGGAGAGAAGGGCCCCUUCAAAAGACCGUAUGAUCUUUGCUGCCACCUUCUGUGCUCCUAGGGCAGUGUCAGCUGCCAGAGCACAAGUGCCAACUGCCUGGAAAAACUUGCCUGCCACAUCAGAGACCUUCACUGCCACCUCAAGGGUCUUUCCAUCUACCUCCCACUUCCAGCCUGCCUCUUCUAAUGCCUUUACAGGCCCAUCUGCCACCUCAGAGAGCCCAAAGUCACUGCCAUUUACUCUGCAGGAUCCAUAUGCCUGCAUAGAGGCCCUGCCUGCAGUUCCGUGGGUUCCACAGCCGGAUGUGGAUGCCUCCCAGGCAUCCACAGCAGUGCCCACAAUCCUGAUGGCUACAGCAGCUGCCCCUCAGGCCACUGCCACUGUUCAAGAGGCCUCCAAGACAGUCGAGCCGCCACGUCGCUCUGGCAAAGCCACUCGGAAGAAGAAGCAUCUGGAGCCUGAAGAGGACAACUGUGGCCAUGGGAUGGCCUCCCAUGACUGGCAGGGCCAACGGCACUGGGAGAAUCCCAGUGUAAGUGGCUGGGAGGCCCAAAGUUCUAUCCAGGAUCUGGGCAACUGGGAGCAUCCAAACACUCCCCAUAGCCUGAAUGGCUGGGAGGGUCCUAGUAUCUCCAGGAUCCUUAGUGGCUGGGAAGGGCCCAGUACAUCUUGGGCCCUGAGUGCCUGGGAGGGUCCAAGUACCUCAAGGGCCCUGGGUAUGGGUGAAGGCUCAGAUAGCCCUCAGCCCUUUAUUAUCUCUGAGAUCCCAAGUCUCUCUCAGGGAUGCAGUGCCACCCAGCAGGAUCCCAAGGGGGAGAAUCAGGCAUCAUCUCCUUUAGAUGAGAGAGCAAAUGCAUUGGUGCAGUUUCUCUUGGUCAAGGACCAAGCCAAGGUACCCAUUCCGCCCUCAGAGAUGGUGAAUGUUGUCAUCCGAGAAUAUAAACAUGAGUGCUUAGAUAUUAUCAGCCGUGCCAACACUAAGCUAGAGUGUGGCUUUGGUUGUCAAUUGAAGGAAAUUGAUACCAAAACCCACUCUUACAUUAUCAUCCACACGCUGGGGCAUCCUCAAGGUUGUUUUUUGGCAUCCAAUUUAGACAGACCCAAGUUUGGCCUCUUGAUGGUGGUUUUGAGUCUUAUCUUUAUGAAGAGCAAUUGUGUCAAGGAAAAUCUGAUCUUUAAUUUUCUGUUCAGAUUAGGGCUGGAUGUCCGGGAGACAGAAGGUCUCUUUGGAAAUACGAAGAAGCUCGUCACUGAAGUGCUUGUGAGGCACAAGUGCUUAGAGUGCAGGAGGAUUCCUUGCACUGAGCCAGCGGAAUUCGAGUUCCUCUGGGGGCCCUGUGCAUUCCUCGAAACCAGCAAGAUGCUUGUCCUGAGGUUUUUGGCCAAGCUUCAUAAGAAAGAUCCCCAGAGCUGGCCUUUCCACUACCUUGAGGCGCUGGCAGAAUUUGAUUCUGAGGACACGGACGAAGAUGAGUCCGGUGACAACGAUGAUUCUGAUGACCCCACCAGCAUUUCCCCUCCCCACUAA